AUGGCACCGCGUCGUCAAAUGACUGAUGCUGAAAAGGCAGAAAAGAAUAGGAAGCAAAGAGAGAAAAGAGGGCAAGAAGAUCCAGAGGCUAGAGAAAAACGUUUGCAAGACAAUAGAGCCAGGGCACAAUAUGUGCGCGAUGAGAAGAAACAGCGUCUCGAUCAAGAAGUUCAACGUCAAAUUCCAGAUGAAGUAGACAGGCAAGCGCGUCUAGAAGAAGAAGCGCAAAGACGUAAAGGAAACCGAGCUCAAGAGCCAGACGAAAUACAGCAAGCUAGGCCACAAGAGCAAGCGUUGCGGCAACAAGCUCUGCGUGAAGAGGAAAGUGAGGAAGAAAGACGUGCAAGGCUAAGAGACCAAGCAACACGGCAGCAAGCUGUACGCGACGCAGAAACCGCUGAUAAGAGGAGAGUAAGGAUGAUCGAAGAUAACUUGCGCCAUCAAGUCCUACGCGCCCAAGAGACGGUAGAAAAGAGGAUGUUGCGUGCCACGGCUGACAGAUUGCGUCAUCAGAUGUAUCUGGUUGAAGAAACGGAAGAAGAGGCGGAAAUACGUAGGGAACUUAACAGGGAACAAACAGCCAACUACAGAGGAGCCGAAAACGAAGAAGAAACCAGAGAAAGAUUAGAAGAAAAUCGGCUUCGGAUGGAACGUCUCCGGGAAGAACAAGCGGAAAACGAAGAAAUAAUUCGUGCGAUGAACGCAUUGGAACAUGCAGAGAUCAUUCCCUUGGAAACAGAAGAAGAACGCACGUAUCACGAAGAGAUUUUAGCGACGCGUAACCAAGCUGGAUUGCCAAGAACUCAUCGUUUGGCUUGCAAAACGAUUGUCUCUGAAGAUCAUCGUCCAUUACAUGAUUGUGGAGCAAUGGACAUUUGCGAAGAAUGUGGCGCAAAACACUUCAAGGGUGAAAGACCGCAAGACAAGAAGUUCAUGCAAUGUUGUAGAAAAGGCAAAGUUAUUCUUCAACCUCCAAAGAAAUGCCCUCAACCACUUGCAAAACUUUUGCAAAACAAUCAUCCAAAAUCGAAGAGUUUCAUGGCGAAAAUUCGCACCUACAGCAGCGCUCACGCAUUCGCUUCAAUGGGAGCCAGUAUUUCAUCUCCACCAGGACGUGGCCCCUAUUGUUUCAGAAUACAUGGCCAAGUGUAUCACAACACGACACCCGUCGGCCCGAAUACAACCAAUCCCAAGUACGCUGAUCUCUAUUUCAUGGAUGCAGCACAGGCCGGCGAGUUUAGAGCCGAUUUCGAGUCGAACGGAAGAUGCUGUAGAAACUUGAUGGCAGAGUUGGACGCAAUGCUCCGCGAAAAAAAUCCUUACGCAGCCAUUUACAAAAUGAUGCGUCAAGUGCUAGAGGAAGAGUACCGUCGAGCCGAAGCUGAAAAUUUGCCGCACCAAAUAGUGGGUAUGAUCAUCAGCAGUGAUCGUAGAAAUCUGGACCAAAGGCGUUACAACAGUCCGACGACAAACGAGAUUGCUAUUUUAUUCAAAAGCGCAAACGGAGAGCCACCAGCCAAGAGGGAUAUCCAAGGCCAUCUCUUCAUACCAGUCAGGGGAAGAACACUGAUCAAAAUCAGCACACAACAACCAAUGUGCGACCCCAUGACUUAUCCAUUGCUCUUUCCAAACGGUGACGAUGGGUGGCAUGUAAAUAUGCCUUACACAACCACUACACGGCGAGAGAGAGAGGAAGCUGCUGCAAGAGCAAUGGAUUGGGAUGAAGAAGAAGAGAUUCCGUUCCAAAGGCUCAACGAGAGACUGCUAAUGCAAAUUCCAGCAGCAGAAGCAGCGGCCAAUGAUUCGUUUCCGGCAGAAGAACCUGAACCAGAACCGGAAGAGCAAAUAGACGAUGAUGAAAAUGAUCCUCAGCGAUUGAAUCGAGGUGAGGGAAGACGCAAGAGAGUGACGCAGUGCGAAUUUUACAGCUUUCUCAUGUCGAUACGGGACUAUUUCAACAACGUCUUGGCCGGAGGACCACUCACUCAGCAAUGAAUGGUAGAUUCCUAUGUCAAGAUUGAAGCCAACCGCAUCAAGUACAUUCGCGAACAUCAGGCGGAGCUUCACGUUGCUCAGUACAAUGGUCUCUUGGACUACAUCAACAAUCAGGCGGAAAGAGAAAAUAUGACGGUCGGAUCGUAUCAUGUUCUCCCUUCGAGUUUUAUUGGAAGUCCAAGAGCCAUGAAGCAAGCGUACCAAGACGCGAUGGCAAUCUGCGGCAAAUUCGGCAAACCGGUAUUUUUCCUGACGUUCACAUGCAACCCGAAGUGGAAAGAAAUUGUGGCCAACAUUCCGACCCAUCUAUCGGCAUCCGAUCGGCCCGAUAUUGUUGCCAGAGUCUUUAACCAAAAGAAAAAUGAAUUGGUUAACGACAUCGAAAAGCGUCAGGUUCUGGGAUUUGCCACCGCUCGAAUUCACGUCAUUGAAUUUCAAAAGCGCGGCCUACCACACUGUCACAUGCUCAUCUGGAUCUACAAGCGCGACGCACCUGCAACGGCAAAAGACGUGGACGAAACCAUCUGUGCCGAAAUACCGGACAAGACAACCCAUCCAAUACUCUACAACAUUGUCAUGGCCCACAUGAUCCACGGGCCGUGUGGAUCGACCAACAAACAGUCCCCUUGCAUGGACGGCAACAUCUGCACGAAACGUUUUCCCAAGGAAUUCAUGGCCGAAACGAUUGUCAACGACAAUGGUUACCCAACGUAUCGAAGGAGAGAUACAGGCGUGGUGCAUCGCUUGAAAAGAGGACAUACGCAUUUCGAAGUGGAUAACAGAUGGGUCAUUCCAUACAACCCCUGGCUGUCCUUGAAGUUCGACUCGCACAUCAACUUGGAAUACUGCGCUUCAAUCGUCAGCGUAAAGUACAUAUUCAAAUACGUCUACAAGGGAUAUGACUGCAUCAAAAUGGACAAGAAAGUAGGAACUUUUCAACAGGAGGCAGAUGACGUUCCAACAGUUGUGUGGGAUGAAAUCACCAGCCACUUGGAUGCGCGCUACGUCAGCGCACCAGAAGCCUGUUGGAGAAUCUUCAAGUUCCCCUUAUCAGAGCGGUCUCAUGCCAUCUGUCGACUUGCCGUCCAUUUGCCCCGAGAACAGUCGGUUUUUUUCCUGCCUGGCAAUGAACAGCAGGCCGUCAUCAACGCUGCCACCAAAGACACCAUCCUGACGGCAUAUUUCAAGCUGAAUAGCGAAGACGACAACGCAAGAAAAAAACCAAUUCGUGGAAACCUAGAUGCAGAAGGUCUAGAAUCAUCGGGCGACUCUACACGGUGGGCGUCAGGCAAAUGGAGCGUCAUUGCCUUCGAUUAUUGCUCAUCAACGUCAAGGGAGCGACAAGUUUCGAGCAUCUUCGAACGGUCGACGGAUUACAGCAUGCUACUUUCAAAUCGGCAGCCAUCGCACUCAAUCUUCUAG